AUGAUAUUUUUUCUUUUACAGUUUAAUUUUUUUCUUCUUCUUCUUCUUCUUCUUCUUACUGUUGUUCUUCAUUUUCUUCUUUUUCUAUUUGUUGUUCUUAUUUCUUCUUCUUCUUCUUCUUCCUGUUCUUUUCGUCUUAACUCUCUUCUUUUUCUUCUUUUUCUUCUCUUCUUCUUGUUCUGCUUUUUCUUCUCUUCUUCUUUUUCUCCUUCUUGUUCUUUUUUCUUCUUCUUCAUGUUCUUUUUUCUUCUUUUUCUUCAUUUUAUUCUCUUCUUUUUCUUCUUCUUUUUCUUGUUCUUAUUUUGUCUUUUUCUUCUCUUCUUCUUUUUCUUCUUUUACUUCUCUUCUUCUUUUUCCUCCUCUUCUUUUUCUUGUUCUUAUUUUGUCUUCUUUUUCUUCUCUUCUUCUUUUUCUUCUGCUUAUUGUUCUUCUUUUUCUUCUUUUUUUCUCUUCUCUUUUUCAUCUUCUUGUUCUUAUUUUGUCUUCUUUUUCUUCUUCUUCUUUUUCUUCUUCUUCUUCUUCUUUUUUCUUCUCUUCUUUUUUCUUCUCUUCUUUUUUCUUCUCUUCUUUUUCUUCUUCUCCUUCUUCUUUUUCUUGUUCUUCUUUUUUUCUUUUUCUACCUUUCCUUCUCUUAUUCUUUUUCUUGUUCUUCUUUUUCUUCUUUUUUUCUCUUCUCUUUUUCAUCUUCUUGUUCUUAUUUUGUCUUCUUUUUCUUCUUCUUCUUCUUCUUUUUUCUUCUCUUCUUUUUUCUUCUCUUCUUUUUUCUUCUCUUCUUUUUUCUUCUCUUCUUUUUCUUCUUCUCCUUCUUCUUUUUCUUGUUCUUCUUUUUUUCUUUUUCUACCUUUCCUUCUCUUAUUCUUUUUCUUGUUCUUCUUUUUCUUCUUCUUUUUUCUUCUUGUUCUUCGUCUUCUUCUUUACUAUCAUACUUCACAAUGUUCUUCUUCUUCCUCUUCUUCUUCUUCUGGCUCCUCUUAUUCUUCUUUCUUCCUCCUCCUCCUCUUCUCCUCCUCCUCCUAUUCUUCUUCUCCUCCUCCUCCUCCUUCUUCUUCUUCUUCUUUCCACGUACUUUUAGAUUCCCCAGCAACGCCGGCCGAGCGUGUCUGCGCGUGCGCGAAGCCAACCAAUGAAGCGUGUCGUUCGCUCACUUGCCCAGAACGAUCGCGAACUGUUCACUUUGCUGAGCACAGCGUCGCCGAUUGUGCCCAAGCGAUUGGUAAAGCAGCAGAGCGUGUCUGUGACGCGUAA